GGGUGAGGGUUAGUGCUGGGCAGUGCUGGGAGCUCUGUGUGUGUGUCUGUGGGUUAGGGUUAGGGUGAGGGUUAGUGCUGGGCAGUGCUGGGAGCUCUGUGUGUGUCUGUGGGCUAGGGUUAGGGUUAGUGUUAGUGCUGGGCAGUGCUGGGAGCUCUGUGUAUGUCUAUGGGACCCUCAGUGACCUUUAAUAGCAGGCAGGCUUUUGGGGCCUAAAGGGAGAGAAGUGUGAGCCAUUGGGGCUUGCUGUGACUUAAUACAAUACACAGGGCAGUGCUGGGAGCUCUGUGUAUGUCUGUGGGACCCUCAGUGACCUCCAAUAGCAGGCAGGCUUCUGGGGCCUAAAGGGGGACGAGUGUGAGCCAUUGGGCCUUGCUGUGACUUAAUACAAUACACAGGGCAGUGCUGGGAGCUCUGUGUGUGUCUGUGUGACCCUCAGUGACCUUUAACAGAGAGCAGGCUUAUGAGGCCUACCUGGGAGGUGUCUGUGCCUCUGGGCCUGUCAGUGACUUAAUACAAUACACAGGGCAGUGUUUGGUGCUCUGUGUGUGUCUGUGUGACCCUCAGUGACCUUUAAUAGACAGCAGGCUUAUGAGGCCUACCUGGGGAGGUGUCUGUGCCUCGGUCUUGUACUGGAGGCCGUGGAGAGUGGGGGCCCUCUGGGCGCCAGGCCAGCCCGGGCAUGUGUGCCCUGGGCUGGAAAUAAAUAAAUUUUAUUUAUUUCUUCACUACCACAGAGACCACUGUUCAACCAAGCAAGGAGGUGGACGCCGCUGAUGACUUUACAUUCAGUACAUUGUCAGACUUGGACAUGGCCGAUUUGGGUGUUGCUCCAUUGUCUGCCUCAGCACUUCCAACCUCACCUGCACCUCAAACAUAUUCCAUCAUAUUCGACAACCUGGACUUUUACGUUCAGACGCAUCAUCAGUCCACCAGCCAGACCAACAAGUCAAUUCACUGGAUCCACCACAUGUGUGUCAUCAACAGAAUCAACUCACUACACCUUGACAAGUUGAAACCGACAAAUUCUUUGAUUGACUAUGAUCUCGGGAAUUCACUUCCUGGACCAGACACACAAGCCAGUAUGCGUCGGGAAUUCGUUGUUUUGGGGAGCCGAAUCCUGACAGCUUAUUUGGAAUCAUUCAAGACCCUCUCCAGUGUGGUUGUUCAACAUAUCCCCCACCAGUUCUCUGAAGAAAUGGCCCAGCCAUCCACUCAUUAUCCACUUGGACUUCUAUUCAAGGACGAAACACAAACUGCCGACCUGGUGGAUGUGCUCCAGCACCUUCAAAAGGAGUAUGUGCCAAGAUGUCCUGAUGGGCUUGAAAAGAUUUUGAUCGGGGGUGACAGACUGACAGAGGCCAAUUCCCGGAAUAUCCAGUUGGCGUUUGCUGAUGGGGAGACGGAGGAGGACCGCCUGGAAGGCCUCUGUGUCAAAUAUGAAGACUGGCACGCAAUUCGAAAUCUCUUUGAGGUCGGUAUUGUAAUCAUUAACUACAUGCACCCUGAUACACAAUUUAUAUUUACAAAAAGCACAUAAUGUUGAUUUUUUUAUGAUUACAAUACACUGCCUUCCAAGGCAUAGAGAAGUAAUGAUGUUUUCUAAGUGGUUCAAACAUGAUGUUUUUGAUAUGCAUUACAGAUAUAUCAUCAGAUCUUCUUUAGUGAAGAAUCUGCCAAAGACCAUGGCACACUCAACGCCAACAUGAAUCUCUUGAGGUAAUCAAUCACUAAACAUCAGAAACCAUGGCUGCAUCCGAAUACUCAUACUUGGAUACUAUAUAGUAUGCAUUUUGUAGUAUGCGAAAAAUAUAGCGCGUCCGAAUACUUAGUAUGCAUUCUGUAGUACGGAAGACGUUUCCGAAUGCGUACUACCGCCAAAGUGAACCACGGACCACACUACGCUAUCCCACAAUGCAACAGGAGUCUAGUAAUG